UGAUGCAUCAUGGGUACAUUUUUUCACCAAACUUGAAAAAUGGACAACUGGUCUACCGACAAGAGCACGGCGUAUUACCGCUCCAGAGAUCCCAUUAACAACUUCAGGAUCAAAGUGACCCUCCAUCGCAUCACCUCAGCCACCAUCAUCCCCCAGCACAAUGUGGUCCAGCAGGAGGGACAGACUAAUGUGGAGAUGGGAGACAUGGGCAGCAGGGCUUCUAUGGGACCACGCCCAGAUGACAGGGAGGAGUUUACCUUACAGUGGCAGCAGAAGCUAUUCAGUCAGAGGGAAAUGGAUGUGUACAGCAACAAGGACAAUGUGUUCACGUACCUAGACGAGAAGUACAACCAUGAGGUGACGUCGUUAGAACAGAAAGGAGGCCGGCCCAACAAACGCAUUUUCUCCUACGUGGACCAUGACAGGUUCACUAACAUGGAAGAGUAUGAGACAAUGACGACAUCGCCCAAUGAGGAGCAGUCGUUCCUGGUGGACCGGAUGAGCCAGGUGCGCAGGCGCAGGCAGGCAGCUGCAGACAGAGGAGGAAACAUUCCGAGGAACAAGAACUUGGUGAACAUGAAGCCGACAGAAGACUUCCUCCGUAACAACCACGUCAUCAACACCCCGCAGCAGACCAUGUACAUCAUGGCUGAUCUCAGUGCCAGGAACAGGACUCCUGAACUGUCAGAUGAAUAUGUCCUCUGCUCAAUACAGGUAGACAACAAUGGUGUCAUCAGCAUUAAGCCUGACUUUAACCGCAGUCGAGGGCCUUAUAGGCUGGAGACAGAGGGAGAGAGAAAAGAAAUUUAUGAAUACACACUGCAGCAUGUGUCAAAGCCUAUGAGCAGCCAAGAACAGGAUAGAGAACAUAAGAUGUAUAAAGAGCUGUAUGCCAAACACAUUGAGACACUAGCAGCCAGUGUGGGGGAACAGUUUGAAAUGCCACCUCCAGGAAUCCUGAGAUUGAACCUGUAUGGAGAAAUAGUUUCAGCAAGAAACUUUGAGUAUGACAACCUACACAUCAAUUUCUUCCUGGAACUACCAAAAAAUUGGACAUCAGACCAUGGGCAGCAGUUAUCAGGAGUCACCCACACUGUUACCACUAAAGUGGAGGGCAAGGAUAAUGUGGCCUACUUCUCCUAUCCUUUUGAGUAUGAGGUUUUCUUCAGAAAUGAAACAGAAGAUGACAUGCCCCAGUGGCCGCUCCUGUUUCUCCAAGUCCUGUCUGUAGACUCCUGGCAGAGGUACCGUACAGAGGGGUACGGGUACUGUGGGGUGCCCUCAGCUCCAGGUGUUCACCACAAGACUGUCCACACUUGGAGACCGGUGGGUAACAGUCUGGUGGACCCCAUGAGGAGAUUCUUCAUCGGAGGAUCACCAGAGCUGGAGGACCCGACGUACACCGCCGUACCGACCACGUUUGAUGGACAGAGACUCAGCAAGUUCGGCUUUCGUACAGAAUCGUCAGGCAGUAUUCAGAUCAAACUGUACUGUGUACAGCAGAGUCAGGCAUUCUUGGAGACGACAACAAAGAAGAGAAAGACAGCCACUCUACUAGACAGACUGGGUGGCAUGAGUGCACAGAGUAACAUCAUGAAUGUGUUAGAUGCCUUCCAGAAGGCCAGGAAGAGAAUGCAGAGUGCCAGGGAAAAUUUGGCCAGCACCAUGGGUGCAACAUAGUUGUUAGGCUGUCAACUUCAUUCAAGUGUUAAUUAUACAGCCUUGUUCGAUGCCAUUUUGUAACAGUACAUGAAGAACAUAUGACUGAAAAGUCUUUGUAGUUUGGAACACAAGGAAAUAGAAAUCCACAGCUGUGUACUGAUAUUGUUCUAGAUGUAAAUAUUCAAGUUUAUUUUUCUGUACAGAUUUUUAUAUUCAAGUUUUAUUCAAGUGAAGCAUUAAAACACUUGGCUCAACUACUUAUAUCUGCCUGAAGAAUGGCUUAUAGAAAAAGAACUGGUUAUUAAAGUGUUGAGAAGGAAUUGAAAUUUUGGU